AGGCUGGCAGAGCGGCUUCCGGCACGGAGGCGGCCAUCUUGCUCGGCGGAAACAUGGCGACCCAGCCCGGAGGUGGCACGGUGGCGGGGUCCUCCAAGGCGACCCCCCAAAAGUCCUUCUUCUGGUCCUGCUUCAGCUGCCGCAUUCUGACCGGCAGCGGGCUGGCGGGCGCCGGCCUCUGGGUCCACUUGGGGGUCCGCCGGUCCUUGCCACACAGUAGUCCCGGGAACCUCUAUAACAUAAUCCGGCUGGUUUUAGCCGUCGGUCUUUAUUCUGCGGCAAUCGUAAUCAUCGUGGACCCCGUGGAGCCAAAGUAGGACGAGGAAGGUGUACUUUCAUCAGCGAAGGGUUCCCAAGACGUACCUGGAGGCAACCCAGAGGGGAAGGUUGGGGGAGAGAGAAGCCU